AUGCCAAGGUUACCAGUUGGUCGAGGUCGUGGUCGAGGUCGUGUUCGAGGCCAAGAAGUUGAUCCAAUUGAUUAUAAUACGAUGAAGGAAGAAUUAUUGAAUGAAAUCCGAGUGAUGAUGGGUCAGAAUAACAUUCAUCAUGAAGAAGGAGACGAGGAAGAAGGGGAUAAUACCAACGAAGAAGGGGAUUAUACCAACCCUUUUGGUAGAGGACGCCGUGAAGGUAGGAUAAUCCAACGUGACGAUUCUGAGCGCUGGAAGGCAGGAAUAAAAGUGGAGGUUCCAGAAUUCUAUGGAGGUUUAGAACCGGAGGAGUUUCUUUCGUGGUUGAACACAGCUGAGGAAGUAUUGGAAUUUAAGGAUGUACCAGAUAACAAACGAGUUCAGCUGGUAGCAACUAUGUUUCGGGGAAGAGCUAAUUCGUGGUGGCAACAACACAAACUACAACGCUCUCGUAAAGGGAAGCAGAAGUUAGUCUCGUGGGAGAAGAUGAAGAAACAUAUGAGAGCAGAAUUUUUACCACACAACUAUAUCAGCUUGAUGUACCAGCAACUACAAAACCUACGCAAGGGAACACGUUCUAUAGACGAGUACACGAAGGAAUUUUAUCGAUUACUUUCUCUUAACGAUUUGUCGGAGUCAGAUGAGCAAAGAGUCGCACGUUAUGUAGGUGGUCUUCCUCAGCAAUAUCAAGAUACACUUAACAUGUUUGACUGUUGUUCUAUAUCGGAUGCACAUCAUAGAGCAAGGCAGGUAGAGAAACAAGUGGGGCGUAGAAGUUCAAUUGGGUGUAAUAAGUGCGGUGAAACUGGGCACAAAGGCACUGACUGUCGCAAAGUAGAACGUGUGAACAAGGUUCUUUUCAAUGAACACAAUCGUGAAGAAGAUGAUUGGGUACCUGAAUAUGAUGAGUAUCCAGAGGAUGACUCUGAACCUAGUGAUGAAGUAGUUACAGGAGAUACAGGAGUGAACUUUGUAGCAAGAAGAAGUUUUCUCACUCCACGUACAGAUGAGGACGACAACUGGUUACGUAAUAAUAUAUUCCAGUCGACAUGUACGAUCGAGGGAAAAGUUUGUCGUUUAGUUAUUGAUCCUGGAAGUUGCGAGAAUAUUAUUGACGAAGAGGUCGUGAAACGGUUUAGGCUGGAAACCAAGGCACAUCCGCAUCCAUAUAAACUUUCUUGGCUUAAAAAAGGGAAUGAGGUGAAAGUAAACAGACGUUGCUUGGUUUCUUUUUCGAUUGGUAACAAAUAUAAAGAUAAAAUAUGGUGUGACAUUACUAGUAUGGAUGCUUGUCACUUGUUGUUGGGACGACCAUGGGAGUUUGACAGGAAAACUAGUCAUGACGGGCAUAAAAAUACCUACAGCUUUUUAUGGAACGACGUACGUAUAGUACUUGUACCCAGCAAAGAAAUUGCACCUAAACCAUCUACCGUACAAACUACCAAUCUCUUGUCAUUUAAGAAGUUUGAAGUUGAGGCAGAAGAUGCAGGAGAACUGUAUGUGUUGAUUAGCAAAGACCAACAGCCGGAUGAAAGUAGUAUCCCUAUUGCAGCUCAACCUUUAAUUAAGGAAUUUAUUGAUGUUUUCCCUAACGAGUUGCCAGACGAGCUACCACCUCUCCGGGAUAUACAACACCAUAUUGAUCUCAUCCCUGGAUCAAGCUUGCAAAACAAAGCGCAUUAUAGAAUGAGUCCUAAGGAGCAUGAAGAACUUCGUCGUCAAGUGGAAGAGUUGUUACCGAAAGGUUUGAUCCGACAGAGCCUAAGUCCUUGUGAUGUACCGGCCUUGUUGAUUCCAAAGAAAGAUGGAACGUGGAGAAUGUGUGUUGACAGUCGAUCCAUCAACAAAAUCACAGUAAAAUACCGUUUUCCAAUUCCUAUAUUGGAUGACCUGCUAGAUCAGUUGUGUGGAGCGAAGGUGUUUAGCAAACUCGACUUGAAGAGUGGGUACCAUCAUAUCAGAAUUCGAGAAGGUGAUGAGUGGAAAACAGCUUUUAAGACUUGA